UUGUGAUACGCGCGUGUUUCUACACGACGGAGUUUGUGGGCGCAACUCAGUCACGCUGUUGUUUACAGUGGGUGUGCUGCAGAAAAGUUUUGAUUUCUUCUCGCUGCAGUAAAUAGUCCAGCUGCUCGUUUACUUAAUAGGUGGAUUAAAAGCUCAGUAACUCUGUGACUGGAGGCAUGUCUCAGGACAGUCAACAUGGCAAAUGGACCAUCUCCAGUAGUGAUGAUGAUGAUGAGGAUCUCCCUCCCUCUGGGACUACAACACCCCAGUCCCGUCUGCCGGUUAAAUCCAAUCUCAGGUCUCCCUCUCCAGUUCAGGUGUCGGUUCCUGCGGAAGUAAAAGCAGAACCAGCCAAACCUGCUGCAGCUUCACUCAUGUUGGGUUCGGAAGCGAGACAGUCGGCCGCGAAGAACCAGCUCAACCCGGUGAAGUUUGAGCGAAGCCCCUCGCUGGCGGGAAAGAGGAAGAGCGAUGCCUCAGAAGGCUCAGGCUGGGCCCUGUCGGACAGUGAUGACGAUGAUAAAGAUGUAAAAGAGAACAGUCUGAGAAGUUUGCCAAAGAAAGAGCCUUCCAGUCCCAAGACGAAGAAACCAAAAGUGAAGGAAGAGCGUCCCCCGAGCCCCCACGGCAGACUCUACUACAUCGAUGAGCCGCAAGACUUCUUUGAAUCCAGCACUCCUUGUCUUAACGACACGUACAGGUUCUACCUCAAUAAAGUCACCGGCUUGGACAAAAAGUACAACACAGGGGCGCUGCACAUCAGAGACAUUCUCUCACCUUUAUUUGGAACUCUAAAGGAGUCUGUUCAGUUUAACUACUGCUUUGACAUUCCAUGGAUGGUUCAGCAAUACCCACCGGAGUUUCGAGAUCGUCCGGUUCUGAUCGUACAUGGAGAUAAGAGGGAGGCAAAAGCGCGGCUUCUCCAGCAAGCUCAGCCCUUUCCUCAUGUUCGUUUCUGUCAGGCCAAACUGGACAUCGCUUUCGGAACUCACCACACGAAGAUGAUGUUACUGUGGUAUGAAGAAGGCUUCAGAGUCAUCAUCCUCACAUCAAACCUCAUCAGAGCCGACUGGUAUCAAAAGACACAAGGGAUGUGGAUGAGUCCUCUGUUUCCACGGUUACCGGCAGACAGCAGUUUGAGUGCAGGUGAGUCGCCCACCUUCUUUAAGAGGGACCUGCUGGACUACCUGGCUUCGUACCGGGCUCCAGAACUGGAGGAAUGGAUCCAGCGCAUCAAAGAGCACGACCUGUCCGAGACGAGGGUGUAUUUGGUCGGCUCCACUCCAGGAAGGUUUGUGGGUCCAGACAUGGAGCGCUGGGGCCACCUGAGGCUGAGGAAGCUUUUGUAUGAGCACACAGAUCCUGUUCCUGGUGAGGAACAAUGGCCUGUGAUUGGCCAGUUUUCCAGCAUUGGCUCCAUGGGAUUGGAUAAAACGAAGUGGUUAGCAGGGGAGUUUCUGCGCACAAUGACUACGUUAGGGAAGUCCUCCUCACGCCCAGACCCUCCUGUGCUGUUGCUCUAUCCAGCAGUAGAGGAUGUGAGAAUGAGUCUGGAAGGAUAUCCAGCUGGAGGUUCUCUUCCGUACAGCAUCCAGACGGCUCAGAAACAGCUCUGGCUUCACUCCUACUUUCAUCGUUGGAAAGCAAAUGCAACAGGGCGGAGUCACGCCAUGCCUCACAUCAAGACCUACAUGAGGGUCUCUCCAGAUUACACCGAGCUCGCCUGGUUCCUCGUCACCAGUGCAAACCUUUCCAAAGCAGCGUGGGGUGCCUUGGAGAAGAACAACACCCAGGUUAUGGUGCGUUCGUAUGAGCUGGGAGUCCUCUAUGUGCCGUCGGCCUUCAAUAUGAAGACAUUCCCAGUUGAAAAGAGAGCGUUCCCCGUCUCCUCAUCCACGUCUGGGUUCCUCGUGCCUUUUGACCUCCCACCUACACCGUACGCUGCUAAAGAUCAGCCCUGGAUCUGGAAUAUUCCAUACAGCCAGGAGCCUGACACCCACGGCAACAUCUGGAUUCCGUCCUGAAUGUGUCCGUCACUGAACUCUGUAAACCUGUUAGUACUGUGUGUAGCUGUUUGUUAGUAAAUCAUAUUUUUUUUUACUUUUAAUGUAGUCUCACAUUUUCUAAUAAAAAAUAAAAAGACAAUAUCAUGUUA